ACCGACUGAUUCGACGCGCUCCGUCCAUCUCUGCACAGUCGGGGCGACAUAGAAGCGAUCGCGCACGGGUGGCGCCUGGUCGAGACUAUCGUCGAGCAUUGGAAAGCCAUCUGCGCCGUGCUCAGCCCGUGCAGCACUGAUCAGCCUCCAGUAGACUCGGAUAGGCCGCAGGGAGCACAGCACAUUGGCAUGAUACCGCCAUGUAGUGAUGCUCGAUGGCUCGGUCCCGUACUUAAGAUUCAUUGGCCCUACGCAUCACUUUCUUUUCCUUCACCCACUCCCUCGCCCACCCAACCAUUGACGGGGAAGACCGUCCGAACCGCCAUCAUGAAGUUCGGAUCUAUUCUGGCGGGGCUCACUGUCCUUCCAUUCGCUUUGGCCGGCCCAGUUCACGAUGCCGAUCACGAAUUCGCAGAGCUCGUGACCAGGGAUACUACUCUCAAGGCCAGAGCAAAUGCCCCUGGUUGCCCUCUCCGAAGAGAGAAUCCCCCGCGCCGUGCCGUGUGCGAAGAACCGGGAACUAUUGCAACCCGCUUCUCACCGUUCAAGACCUUCCUGUCCGAGUCGAACGACUUCCGGGACUGUUACUACGCAUGUUAUCCAGACCGGAGCUGUGUGUCGUUCGCCUUCGACUCGGUCAGCAAAAACUGCUUGCUCUUCUCGCGACGUGUGGCCCGAAUGGGUUUUACCGAGGACACCACCGCCAGCCAUGUCUUCUACGACUUCGAGCAGUGCUUCCAGUACCGGCGAUGCACGGAGGAGCCUAAUCCCUACCCUCCUCUUGGAACCACAACUACCACCACAACUACCUCGGCGGCUACUACUACCACCACCACAACGACUCCUGUGGCCACCACGACCACCACAACGACUCCUGUGGCCACCACGACCACCACGACAACGUCUGCGGAUACCACAACCACUAUGACAACGUCUGCGGAUACCACAACCACUACGACAACGUCUGCGGAUACCACAACCACAACCACUACGACAGCGUCUGUGGAUACCACAACCACUACGACAACGUCUGCGGACGAGACUACUACUACUACCACCACGACUGCGGAUGAGACUACUACUACUACUACUACCACGACCAGCGCCGGCGCUGGUCCAACUUGUGUCACUUCCGGCAGCCCCGUUCUGUCGUACACUCCGUACGGAGCCAAUUUCCAGAUCCUGGAUCAGACUGUAUUCGGCGACCAGCCCCCAAGCCGGGACCUCUAUACUGCCGAUACUGCGCUCGUACAGACUGUCACCCAGAGCGGUGUGGGACUGAACAAUCUGGCGUGGAUCAACGCCAACUGGCCUAAUGGAGUUAACGGCAUCGUGGAUCUUCAGUCGAAGCCGCCCAUCAGCCAGAUCGACCUUUCCACAAAGUCCGUGUAUGUCCGGGGUUACUUCAUCGCACCAGCCGCUGAUUCCUAUACCUUCACACUUGCUGCCAACAAGGAUGAUAACUUUGCGCGUUUGUGGCUCGGCCCUGUCAACACUGCCAACCCGACAGAGGCGAAUGCAGACCUGAAGAUCACCUUCGAGAGCCCUGAAAGCACGACAGUUGUCACAGUCACAAGGCCGCUGAUCGCGGGUGAACUUCUCGAGUUCGCAUACCUCUGGUCCAAUGGUGGCGGCCAGGCUCAGAGUUUCCUUGGAAUCACUGGUGCUUUGACCGGCGAUGUCUCCUCGGGUAACUUCAUCGGAGAUUGCAACCCAGACACGUCCACUACUACCACCACCACCACCACCGCGGCUGAGACUACCACCACCACCACCACCGCGGAGGAGACUACUACCACCACCACGACUGCGGAUACCACGACUACUACGACAACUAGUGAUACCACGACCACCACGACAACUAGUGAUACAACGACAACCACUGAUACCACGACGACGACUGAUACCACGACAACCACAACCGACACAACGACAACCACAACCGACACGACAACCACAACCGACACAACCACUACUACUGACACCACCACCACCACUACUGACACCACCACGACAACCACAACCACUGCAGCGAUCCUGCCAACCUGUGUUUCCAGCCAACCACCACUAGGUCGUCGUGGACUAAUAAUCGACCCAGUCAUGCCCCUCUACCAAGGUGGCUCGGGUGCCAGCUACAUCGUUCUGGAAUCAGGUCCUUACACAGACAGCAGCAAUCCAGCCGACUAUGACGCCGGUGUCGCCUUGUGCCAGCCCUACUUCCCAUUCGCGGUCCCGAACCCUGGCUCUGGACUGCAAAACUUGAACUGGGCCAACCCGAACUGGCCAGACAACGGUGGCGACACUGCAGCUACUUUCGAUCUGCCAACCACUCCAAAUCCAUCGCGAUACAUCAUUGCAAGGGGUUCAGUCCUUGUACGGGGAUACUUCGUGGCUCCAUCUCCUUCCCCGUUCACCUUCUCUCUGGAUCCAGCAUUCGUGGACAACCACGAACGCGCCUGGUUCGGUGAUGCCGCAGCGAACCCAACGGAAGCUAACGCCCAGCUCCGCAGUUCUCGUGACACUACACUGCCUAACCAACUCACAUCUUUUACUUCCCCAACACUCAUAGUAGGCCAAGCUUACCGAUUCGCCUACCUCUGGACCAACGCCGGCGGACAGGGACGCAGCAAUCUCAGAAUCAGCAAGGGCUCCGUUAUUGGUACAAUCGACGAGUCGGACGGCAACUUGAUCAGCGACUGUGUCCCAGACACUAACCCAAUCUGCCCUACCACUACUACUACAACCACCACUACUACCGAUACUACUACUACCACCGAUACUACGACAACUACUGACACCACUACUACCACCGAUACCACCACAACUACGACUGAUACUACUACCACCACUACCGAUACUACGACCACUACCACCGAUACUACAACUACGACAACAGACACCACUACUACUACCACCGAUACCACGACGACGACGGACACCACUACCACUACGACUGACACCACUACUACUACCACCGACACCACUACUACUACCACCGAUACCACAACGACGACGGACACCACCACUACUACCGACACUACAACUACGACGGAUACUACUACCACUACUACUACUACCGCGGCCGGCCUUCCAACUUGUGUCUCUGACCCAACUAGGGAAAUUCUGUACUCUGCUACCGGUGGUGGCGCCAACUACGUCGUUCUCGAACAAGACAGCUUUUCUGACAGCAAUCCAAGCGUCUUCGACGCCAACGUCGCCCUCUGCAAACCAAGAAGCUCAAUUAUGGGUGGAUCAGGCUUGACUGACCUGAACUGGGUCAACGUUGGCUGGCCAGGCAAUACUGGCGCCGACGCGGGCAUCGUAACGCUGUCGACACAAUCAGGCCCAGUAUCAAUCAACGUUCCAAACCAGUCCAUCCUCGUACGAGGCUACUUCAUCGCACCGAACCUGAUCCCGGAUACCUAUACAUUCUCCGUUACCACAGCCAAUGUGGACAAUUUCGAACGAGCUUGGUUUGGCGGCAAUGCAGCCAACCCAACCGAGGCCACCGCGGAUAUUCGCGUGAACCGCGACUUCGCUUUGUCCAACCAGCAGCUUUCCUUCCAAUCAGGAGUACUCGUACAGGGCCAGGCACUCGAAUUCGCCUACCUCUGGUCCAAUGGCGGCACGCAAGGCCGCAGUGAGAUCAUUAUCACUGCCUCCGCAGGCAAUGUCGUGUCGACUGGCAACUUCGUUGGUGACUGUACUCCACCACAAAACCCCCCACCAGUCUGCAGCCCUGCUACUACGACGACCACCACUACCACGGCUGAGACUACCACCACAACUAGCGAUACUACAACCACCACGACCGACACCACUACCACCACUACCGACACUACCACUACUACGACUGACACUACUACCUCAACCACUACCGACACGACUACCACAACCGACACUACAACUACUACCACCGACACCACCACAACUACUACGACUGACACUACAACGACCACCACUGAGACGACCACUACUACCACGCCUGCCACCACCACGACAACCACCACGACAACCACCACGGGCACUACGACGACCACAACCAGCGUCGGUGCGCAAGCUACCCCAUUCUGUAACCCGAACGUGCGGGAAGAGACCAACGUGCCUGGCGCCGGAGGCUGCUCGAGCGAAUGUUAUUGCGACUUCGAAUCCGGCUCUGGUGGAAAUCGUGUCUGCGAUCCCAACCCUCGACCAGCUGAGCCAAUCCGCCGCUGCACAUCUAGUGCCCAAUGCGGUCUGAACGAGUUCUGCGCUGGAGGCUUCUAUGCCCGCUUCUACAACACGCCUGUCUGUGUGACUUACAGUGGAUGCACGAGCAGCUACGUCGACCCACGAACGCCUCGUGGUCGCAAGCGAACGGUCAACGCUCGUAGCGUGGCCAUGCCCGCCAUCUCCCAGAUUCACGACUGGAACAUUCGUGUGGCAAACAUCACCGAUGGCGUUCCAUACAUGCCAGAGGACCAGUGAUCUCGUAUUGUCAAUUUUACAGUCACUGAUCCUCGAAGCAUGAUGGGAUCAUGACCACAUUGUUCUGUCAUUAUCAUUUGCAUGGCUGCGAUCGUUUUGGAAAAGAAUGGAAGAUGGGGAGGAUUUUGGUUUUUUUUUCUAUUCUGCUGCUAGCAAGCGUGACGGCUUCUGCACUGAUUCUCGCAACGACAGAGAUCAGACAGUAACGAUUCGACGAAGAAAUAAUCUUAGAAUGGAUGAGACAAUGGGAAACUUUUGGUAUUUUUCUUGAAAUGUAGAUUCUCAUCAUGUAUGGAUGGCAAUGUCAUCCAUUGCUACUCUGUUUUGAAUCUAAAGGACA